AUGGCUCAAUUGGCUUUCAUCUUUGGCCUCCUAGGUAAUAUUGUUUCAUUCAUGGUCUACCUUGCACCGCUGCCAACAUUCUACUGCAUUUACAAGAAGAAAUCGACUGAAGGGUUUCAAUCCGUUCCUUAUGUGGUUAGCUUAUUCAGUGCAAUGCUGUGGAUAUACUAUGCAUUCCUCAAACCAGACACAACUCUCCUCAUUACCAUAAACUCUGUUGGCUGUUUCUUUCAAACUGUGUACCUUUGCUACUACCUCUUUUAUGCACCAAGACGAGCUAGGAUUCAAACCGCAAAACUACUUGCUUUGCUAGUUGUCAUGGGAUUUGGCUCUAUAAUUCUCCUAACUCGGUUACUUUCAACUGGCAAAACCCGUGCAAGAAUUGUUGGAUGGAUUGGUCUAGUGUUCUCAUUUUGUGUUUUUGUGGCACCUUUGGCCAUAGUGAGACAAGUCAUACUAACCAAGAGCGUUGAAUACAUGCCAUUUCUUCCAUCGUUUUUCCUCACAUUAAGUGCCAUUAUGUGGUUCUUCUACGGCUUUCUGCGCAAAGAUUAUAACAUUGCUAUUCCCAAUGUACUAGGUUUCUUCUUUGGGAUCCUUCAAAUGGUACUGUAUUUGAUUUACAAGAAUGCCAAGAAAGCAGUUGAGCAAAAGCUUCCUGAAAUUCAAAAUCAGGUUAUAGUUCUAGAGGAACACAAACUUCCUGAAUUGCAAGAGCAAGUUAUUGAGGUUGUAAAGUUGAGUGCACUUGUACGUCCAGAAAUAGUUUCAGUGAUUUCUGCUCAACUCAAUAAUGAAAACGGAAUGAGAAUUAUGUAUGUUGUCAUGGGCCUCUUGCCCAUGCAAGAAGAAAAGGCAAAAGCAAUUGCAGAUGCCUUCUGUUUCCGCCAAAUAUUGAUGACUUCUGCAAAGGUGAAGCCAAAGAUUAUUGGAAAGAGCAAAUGGAAGAACUAUUCAACGAUCAAGAAUUUAGUGGUUUCUUUAUCUUUUGAAAGCCUUCCUCCAAAAUCUUCAAGAAUGGAGGGUGCUACAAUCAUUUUUUUGUCGAAGAGUAAAUCAUGGCAUUGUGUUGGAUCAGCUGAAAAACCCCAGCAAAAUCAUGAUGAGUACAAAACAAGGUAUAAGAUUGCCCCUAAAGGUUGUUUUUCAGUGUAUGUUGGUCCUGCGAAACAAAGAUUUGUCAUCAAGGCAAAAUGUGCUAAUCAUCCGCUGUUCAAGAUGCUGAAUUGGAGUAUGCAUGUAGCAAUGAAGGCCCUCUUUUGCUUCCAUGUGAUAUUGAUCUUUUUUUACAAAGUUUUGGCUGAGAUGGAUAGCGGGAAAGAGGCCAUGGUUGAUGAUUCUGAUUCAUCAGCCGGUGGUGGAUUUGCAUAUGGCUCCCGCAGUCCUUUUAGUCCAUACGAACUUCUCACUCCCUCCAGAUUGCUGAACAUCAAUUAG